CCAGGCGCCACGCUGGCUCUCGCUUGGGGUUCUCAGGAGGGGAGAGUUGGGAGAGGCUUUGCUGCUGAGGAAAUUUAUUGGAUAGAUUGAAGGUUUGAACGAGAGCUACAGAAACGCCAGAGAAAAGCCCGCACAAGCCAAUGGUGUUCGGGAGGAAAAUAAACCCAUUGCCUUGAGCAGUGUGUAGGUGCCACUACUACUCCGAGAAAAUGGCAGAUGAAGAGGAAUAUGAGGAGGUGGUGGAGUACUACACUGAGGAGACAGUCUACGAAGAGGUGCCGGGUGAGACAAUAACAGAAAUCUAUGAAACUACUACGACAAAGACAAUAUCUGACUAUGAGCAAUCACAACCUUCGAAACCAGGGCUGGCCCUGCCAGAACCAGGAAAGCCGGCAGAGAGGAAGAAGGUUAUCAGGAAGAAAGUGGACUCUUCCAAGUUCAUGACUCCCUACAUUGCACACAGUCGGAAAAUGCAGGACCUAUUUAGCAUAAAUAAAUACAAGGAAAACUAUGAAAAGGGAAAAGGACAGCCAUCUACCAUCACAACCGAUACCCCAGAACAUCGCAGAAUCAAGAAAGUACAAGACCAACUCAGUGAGGUUAAAUAUCGAAUGGAUGGUGAUAUUGCUAAAACUAUCUGUCAUGUAGAUGAAAAAGCAAGGGACAUUGAACACGCAAAGAAAGUGUCGCAGCAAGUCAGUAAGGUUUUAUACAAGCAGAACUGGGAAGACAACAAGGAUAAGUACCUGCUUCCCCCUGAUGCCCCUGAACUUGUCCAUGCCAUUAAGAACACAGCCUUGUUCAGUAAGAAACUGUACACUGAAGAGUGGGAUGCAGACAAAAGUUUGUUUUACCCCUACAACGACAGCCCAGAGCUGAGGAGGGUUGCCCAAGCCCAGAAAGCUCUCAGUGAUAUUUCCUACAAAAAAGGUCACAUUGAACAGCAAACGCAUUUCACAUCUCUGGCGGAUCCUCCAGAUAUAAUAUUUGCCAAGAAAGUGAACGAUCAAGCGAGCAAGCUAAAAUACAAGCAAGACUAUGAAAACAAAGUCAAAGGCAAAUGGAGUGAGACACCUUGCUUUGAAAUUGCAGCCGCCAGGACAAAUGCUGAAAACUUCAGCACAAGGAAAUAUCAUGAAAAAUUUGAGAACAUGAAAGACCAGAUCUACUUCAUGCAGACGGAAACACCGGAGUACAAAAUGAAUAAACAAGCCGGGGUGGCAGCUAGCAAGGUAAAAUACAAAGAAAACUACGAAAAGGAUAAAGGAAAAGCAGAUUACAAUGUACUUCCUGCUUCAGAGAACCCACUGCUGAGGCAGAUGAUGGCAGCAGGAAAUACGCUAAGUGAUAAACGGUACAAGGAAAACUAUGAAAAGACAAAGGCAAGGAGCAUAAAUUACUGCGAGACGCCCAAAUUUCAGCUGGACUCAGUUCUCAAGAAAUUCAGCAGUGAUACUCAAUAUAGAGAUUCCUACUUAAAGAAUAUUUUGGGACAUUAUGUAGGCAGCUAUGAAGAUCCGUAUUAUGCACACUGCAUGAAAGUCACGGCUCAAAACAGUGAUAAAAACUACAGAGCAGAUUAUGAAGAGGACAGAGGCAAAGGCUUCUUCCCCCAGACCAUAACUCAGGAGUAUGAAACUAUGAAGAAACUGGAUCAGUGUAAGGAUCACACCUACAGAGUCCAUCCAGAUAAGACAAAAUUCACUCAAGUAACCGACUCGCCUGUUCAGCUGCAAGCCCAGAUCAAUGCCAAACAGCUGAGUGAUCUAAAUUACAAAGCGAAACAUGAAAGUGAAAAGUUCAAGUGCCAUAUACCUCCAGAUACUCCGGCCUUUAUCCAGCACAGAGUCAACGCUUAUAAUCUGAGCGAUAAUGUUUAUAAGCACGACUGGGAGAAGACCAAAGCUAAGAAAUUUGACAUUAAAGUGGAUGCCAUUCCCCUGCUGGCAGCCAAAGCCAACAGCAAGAAUGCUAGUGAAGUGAUGUACAAGAAAGACUAUGAGAAGAACAGGGGCAAAAUGAUCGGAGCCCUCAGCAUUAAUGAUGACCCCAAGAUGCUGCACUCUCUGAAGACGGGCAAAAUGCAGAGUGAUAGAUUGUACAAGGAAAACUAUGAGAAGACAAAGGCAAAGAGCAUGAAUUACUGUGAGACCCCUAAGUACCAACUUGAUACGCUGCUGAAGAGCUUCAGUGAGACUAAAUAUAAAGAUAAGUAUGUACAGAAUAUUCUGGGACAUUACAUAGGCAGUUUUGAAGACCCAUAUGAAACACACUGCAUGAAAGUUUCAGCACAGAACAGUGAGAAAAAUUACAAAGCAGAAUAUGAGGAAGAUAGAGGGAAAUGCUAUUUCCCUCAGACAAUCACACAAGAAUAUGAGGCAAUCAAGAAGCUAGACCAGUGUAAAGACCAUGCCUACAAACUUCAUCCAGAUAAGACCAAGUUCACAGCCGUCACUGAUACUCCGGUACUGCUGCAAGCCCAGCUCAACACGAAGCAGCUUAGUGAUCUGAAUUACAAAGCAAAACACGAAGGCGAGAAGUUUAAGUGCCACGUGCCAGCAGACGCUCCGCAGUUUAUCCAGCACAGAGUCAACGCCUAUAACCUGAGUGACAAUGUUUAUAAGCACGACUGGGAGAAGACCAAAGCUAAGAAAUUUGACAUUAAAGUGGAUGCCAUUCCCCUGCUGGCAGCCAAAGCCAACAGCAAGAAUGCUAGUGAGGUGAUGUACAAGAAAGACUAUGAGAAGAACAGGGGCAAAAUGAUCGGAGCCCUCAGCAUUAAUGAUGACCCCAAGAUGCUGCACUCUCUGAAGACGGCGAAAAUGCAGAGUGAUCGUGAAUAUCAUAAAGACUAUGAAAAGUCAAAAACGAUCUACACGGCACCUCUUGAUAUGCUCCAAGUCACUCAGGCUAAGAAAGCUCAGGCAAUUGCCAGUGACAUGGACUACAGGAAUGUCCCACACAGUUACAGCUACCCGCCCGAUAGCAUCAACCUGGACCUUGCCAAGAAGGCGUAUGCCCUGCAGAGUGAUGUCGAAUACAAAGCUGACUACAACAGCUGGAUGAAAGGCUGUGGCUGGGUGCCUUAUGGCUCCUUAGAAGUGGAAAAGGCAAAGAGAGCUUCAGACAUCCUGAAUGAGAAAAAAUAUCGACAACAUCCAGAUACUUUAAAGUUUACCUCGAUUGAAGAUGCUCCAAUUACAGUACAAUCUAAGAUUAACCAGGCCCAGAGGAGUGAUAUUGUCUACAAAGCCAAAGGAGAGGAAACGCUCCACAAAUACAGCCUGCCAGCGGACCUGCCCCAGUUCAUCCAGGCCAAGGUCAACGCCUACAACAUCAGUGAGAAUAUGUACAAAGCAGACUUGAAAGACAUGAGCAAGAAGGGGUACGACCUGAGAACUGAUGCGAUUCCCAUCAAGGCCGCCAAGGCUGCCAGGCAGGCGGCGAGUGACGUUCAGUACAAAAAAGAUUAUGAAAAAGCCAAAGGGAAAAUGGUUGGCUUCCAAAGUCUCCAAGAUGAUCCUAAACUGGUUCAUUACAUGAAUGUAGCCAAGAUACAAUCAGACCGGAUAUAUAAAAAUGACUAUGAGAAGACAAAGACGAAGUUCAACAUACCCCAUGAUAUGUUCAAUGUUGUGGCAGCUAAGAAAGCUCAGGAUAUUGUCAGCAAUACCAACUAUAAGCAUCCACUCCAUCAUUACACCUACCUGCCUGAUGCCAUGGACCUAGAGUUGUCUAAGAACAUGAUGCAAAUACAGAGCAAUAAUGUCUACAAGGAAGACUACAACACCUGGAUGAAGGGCAUCGGCUGGAUACCCAUUGGGAGUCUGGAUGUGGAAAAGGUUAAAAAGGCGGGUGAUGCCCUGAGUGAAAAGAAAUACAGGCAGCAUCCAGACACCCUCAAAUUCACCAGCAUCGUGGACUCCCCAGUGAUGGUCCAGGCAAAACAGAACACACAGCAAGUCAGCGAUAUCUUAUACAAAGCUAAAGGAGAAGAUGUGAAACAUAAAUACACGAUGAGUGCUGAUCUUCCUCAGUUUCUACAGGCCAAGUGCAAUGCUUACAACAUAAGUGAUGUCUGUUACAAACGGGACUGGCAUGAUCUAAUAGCCAAGGGCAACAAUGUGCUGGGAGACGCUAUUCCCAUCACUGCAGCCAAAGCGUCAAGAAACAUUGCCAGUGAUUACAAAUACAAGGAAGCUUAUGAGAAGGCCAAGGGAAAGCAUGUGGGUUUUAGAAGCCUCCAGGAUGAUCCCAAGCUGGUCCAUUACAUGAACGUAGCCAAGCUGCAGUCUGAUCGUGAAUACAGGAAGAACUAUGAGAACACCAAAACCAGCUAUCAUACCCCUGGGGACAUGGUUAGCAUCACAGCCGCAAAGAUGGCCCAGGAUGUUGUGACCAACGUCAAUUAUAAACAACCGAUCCAUCAUUACACAUACCUACCUGAUGCCAUGAGUGUCCAGCACACCAGGAACGCGAAUCAAAUUCAGAGUGAUAAUGUGUACAAGGACGACUAUAACACCUUCUUCAAGGGCAUUGGAUGGAUCCCUAUUGGUUCUCUGGAGGUGGAGAAGGCCAAGAAAGCCGGCGAGGCAUUAAAUGAGAGGAAGUAUCGACAGCACCCAGAUACCAUCAAAUUCACAAGUGUGCCUGAUUCCAUGGGCAUGGUUCUGGCUCAGCACAACACAAAGCAGCUGAGUGAUUUGAACUACAAGGUGGAGGGGGAGAAACUGAAGCACAAGUACACCAUAGACCCCGAAUUACCACAGUUUAUUCAAGCCAAGGUCAACGCCCUCAACAUGAGCGAUGCUUAUUAUAAAGCAGACUGGAAGAAAACCCUUGCUAAAGGCUAUGAUUUGAGAACAGAUGCUAUUCCAAUUGUUGCUGCAAAAAGUUCAAGAAACAUUGCUAGUGAUUUCAAAUAUAAAGAGGCCCACGAGAAAGCCAAAGGCAAGCAGAUUGGAUUUCGUAGCCUUCAGGAUGAUCCUAAACUGGUUCACUACAUGAAUGUAGCCAAAAUGCAGUCAGAUCGUGAAUACAGAAAGGGCUACGAAGCCAGCAAGACCCGGUACCACACGCCUUUGGAUAUGUUCAGUGUGACGGCGGCCAAGAAAUCUCAGGAGGUUGCUACCAACACCAACUACAGACAACCCUACCACAACUACACUCUGCUGCCCGACGCCAUGAACGUGGAGCAUUCUAAGAACGCGAUGCAGAUUCAAAGCGAUAAUCUAUACAAAUCCGACUUCACCAACUGGAUGAAAGGGAUUGGCUGGGUCCCGAUAGAUUCCCUAGAAGUGGAGAAGGCAAAGAAAGCAGGAGAGAUUCUUAGCGAGAAGAAGUAUCGCCAGCACCCUGAGAAGCUGAAGUUCACGUACUCCAUGGACACAAUGGAGCAAGAACUUAACAAGAAUAACAAACUGACUAUGGAUAAGAGGCGCUACAUUGAGAAAUGGAACAAAGACAAGACCACCAUUCACGUCAUGCCCGAUACGCCAGACAUUCUGCUCUCCAAAAUGAACCAAAUCACCAUGAGUGAUAAACUGUACAAAGCUGGUUGGGAAGAAGAAAAGAAGAAAGGAUAUGACUUGAGGCCGGAUGCCAUCUCAAUAAAGGCUGCAAAGGCCUCUAGAGACAUUGCCAGUGAUUUCAAAUACAAGCAAGCCUAUGAACAAGGCAAAGGGAAGCAUAUUGGCUUCCGGAGCCUGGAGGACGACCCCAAGUUGGUGCACUUCAUGCAGGUGGCCAAGAUGCAGUCAGACCGGGAAUACAGGAAGGGCUAUGAGAAAUCCAAGACCUCUUUCCACACGCCGGUGGACAUGUUCAGUGUGGUGGCAGCCAAGAAGUCUCAGGAAGUGGCCACCAAUGCCAACUACAGGAACGUGAUCCACACCUACAACCUGCUUCCUGACGCCAUGAGCUUUGAAUUGGCCAAAAACAUGAUGCAGAUUCAAAGUAAUAAUCAAUACAAAGCCGACUUUGAUGACUUCGUGAAAGGCGUUGGCUGGCUCCCUCUGGGCUCCCUGGAGGCUGAGAAAAACAAGAAAGCCAUGGAGAUCAUCAGCGAAAAGAAGUACCGCCAACACCCGGACACUUUGAAGUAUUCCACAUUGAUGGAUUCAAUGAACAUGGUUUUGGCUCAGAAUAAUGCCAAAAUUAUGAAUGAGCACCUCUACAAACAAGCAUGGGAGGCUGACAAGACCAAGGUCCACAUCAUGCCCGAUAUCCCUCAGAUUGUUUUGGCAAAGGCAAAUGCAGUUAACAUGAGCGAUAAACUCUACAAACUUUCCAUGGAAGAGUCUAAAAAGAAAGGCUACGACCUCAGAACUGAUGCCAUUUCUAUCAAAGCUGCCAAGGCCUCAAGAGAUAUUGCAAGUGAUUAUAAAUAUAAAUAUAACUAUGAAAAGGAGAGGGGGAAAAUGGUUGGUUUCCGCAGUCUUGAGGACGAUCCCAAGUUAGUCCAUUCCAUGCAAGUGGCUAAGAUGCAGUCUGAUCGGGAGUACAAGAAAAACUAUGAGAAGACGAAGACCAGCUACCACACCCCUCCUAACAUGCUCAGUGUCAUGGCCGCCAAGGAUGCCCAAGCCAACAUCACCAACACCAACUACAAGCAUCUGAUCCACAAGUAUAUCCUCCUUCCAGAUGCCAUGCACAUCCAGCUGAGCAAGAAUAUGAAUCACAUACAGAGUGACAAUGAAUAUAAGCAGGACUACAACGAAUGGUACAAAGGGCUUGGCUGGAGUCCAGCUGGUUCCCUAGAAGUGGAGAAGGCCAAGAAAGCAACUGAGUAUGCCAGUGAUCAGAAAUACCGCCAGCACCCUAGCACUUUCCAGUUUAAGAAGCUGACUGACUCCAUGGACAUGGUUCUUGCCAAACAGAACGCGCUUACCAUGAACAAGCACUUAUACACUGUUGAUUGGAACAAAGAUAAAACCAAGAUUCAUUUGAUGCCUGAUACACCGGAUAUUUUACAAGCCAAGCAGAAUCAAGCAAUAUACAGUCAGAAACUCUAUAAACUUGGAUGGGAAGAAGCUCUGAAGAAAGGCUAUGAUCUCCCAGUUGAUGCAAUUUCUGUACAGCUGGCCAAAUCUUCGAGAGACAUUGCUAGUGAUUUUAAAUAUAAACAAGGCUACCGCAAGCAACUCGGCCACCAUAUUGGAUUCCGGAGUCUGCAAGAUGAUCCAAAGCUUGUGCUGUCCAUGAAUGUAGCCAAAAUGCAGAGUGACCGGGAGUACAAAAAGGACUUUGAGAAGUGGAAGACCAAGUACACCAGCCCAGUGGACAUGCUGGGGGUGGUGCUGGCCAAAAAGUGCCAGGCCUUGGUCAGCGACGUGGACUACAAGAACUACCUGCACCAGUGGACGUGCCUGCCAGACCAGAAUGAUGUCAUCCAAGCUAAAAAAGUUUAUGAAAUACAGAGUGAGAAUCUGUAUAAGUCUGACCUGGAGUGGCUGAGAGGCAUAGGAUGGAGUCCCCUGGGUUCUUUGGAGGCAGAAAAGAACAAGCGGGCUUCAGAAAUCAUCAGUGAGAAGAAGUAUCGCCAGCCUGCAGACAAAAACAAGUUCACCAGCAUUCCUGAUGCCAUGGAUAUAGUUCUGGCAAAGGCCAAUGCCAAAAAUAGGAGUGAUAGACUUUAUAGAGAAGCUUGGGACAAGGACAAGACUCAAGUCCACAUCAUGCCGGAUACACCUGACAUUAUUCUGGCUAAAGCAAACUUAAUCAACACAAGUGAUAAACUCUACCGAAUGGGUUAUGAGGAGCUGAAGAAAAAAGGCUACGAUCUGCCCCUUGAUGCCAUAUCAGUCAAAGCAGCAAAAGCAUCCCGAGAAAUUGCCAGUGAAUACAAGUACAAGGAAGGCUUUCGCAAGCAGCUGGGCCACCACAUUGGAGCCCGGGACAUCAAGGACGACCCCAAGAUGAUGUGGUCCAUGCAUGUGGCCAAGAUCCAGAGCGACAGGGAGUACAAGAAGGACUUUGAGAAGUCGAAGACCAGGUUCAGCAGCCCCGUGGACAUGCUGGGGGUGGUGCUGGCCAAGAAGUGCCAGACCUUGGUCAGCGACGUGGACUACAAGAACUACCUGCACCAGUGGACGUGCCUGCCCGACCAGAACGACGUCAUCCACGCUCGGCAGGCCUAUGAUAUCCAGAGUGAUAAUUUGUACAAAGCCGACCUUCAGUGGCUAAAAGGCAUUGGCUGGUUACCUAGUGGUUCUCUUGAGGAUGAGAAGAACAAGAGAGCUAUGCAGAUUUUGAGUGAGCAUGUUUACCGUCAACACCCAGAUAAAUUCAAGUUUACCAGCCUGAUGGACUCCAUGCCGAUGGUUUUGGCAAAAAACAAUGCUAUUACUAUGAACCAUCGCCUCUAUACCGAAGCUUGGGAUAAAGAUAAAACCAGUAUCCACAUUAUGCCAGACACCCCUGAAGUUUUACUAGCUAAGCAGAACAAAAUAAAUUACAGUGAGAAACUAUAUAAACUUGGCCUAGAAGAAGCCAAGAAGAAAGGCUAUGAUAUGCGGCUAGAUGCUAUUCCCAUCAGGGCAGCCAAGGCCUCCAGAGACAUUGCAAGUGAAUUCAAGUACAAAGAAGGCUAUCGUAAGCAGCUCGGCCACCACAUUGGAGCCCGGAACAUCAAGGACGACCCCAAGAUGAUGUGGUCCAUGCAUGUGGCCAAGAUCCAGAGCGACAGGGAGUACAAGAAGGACUUUGAAAAGUGGAAGACCAAGUACAGCAGCCCCGUGGACAUGCUGGGGGUGGUGCUGGCCAAGAAGUGCCAGACCUUGGUCAGCGACGUGGACUACAAGAACUACCUGCACCAGUGGACGUGCCUGCCCGACCAGAACGACGUCAUCCACGCUCGGCAGGCCUAUGAAAUCCAGAGCGACAAUAUGUACAAGUCAGAUCUUCAGUGGAUGAGAGGCAUCGGCUGGGUUCCCAUUGGCUCUUUGGAUGUGGAAAAGUGCAAAAGGGCAACUGAAAUUUUGAGUGAUAAAAUCUAUCGCCAGCAUCCAGACCAGUUUAGAUUUACCAGUGUGACUGAUUCUCUGGAACAAGUGUUGGCCAAGAACAACGCCAUCACCAUGAACAAGCGUUUAUACACAGAAGCCUGGGACAAAGACAAGACCCAGAUCCACAUCAUGCCGGACACCCCAGAAAUUACUUUGGCAAGAAUGAACAAAAUCAACUACAGUGAGAGUCUGUAUAAACUCGCCAAUGAAGAGGCAAAGAAGAAAGGCUAUGACUUGCGAGUUGACGCCAUCCCGAUCGUGGCAGCCAAGGCCUCCAGGGACAUUGCCAGCGAUUACAAAUACAAAGAUGGUUACCGCAAGCAGCUGGGCCACCACAUUGGAGCCCGGGACAUCAAGGACGACCCCAAGAUGAUGUGGUCCAUGCACGUGGCCAAGAUCCAGAGCGACAGGGAGUACAAGAAGGACUUUGAGAAGUCGAAGACCAGGUUCAGCAGCCCCGUGGACAUGCUGGGGGUGGUGCUGGCCAAGAAGUGCCAGACCUUGGUCAGCGACGUGGACUACAAGAACUACCUGCACCAGUGGACGUGCCUGCCCGACCAGAACGACGUCAUCCACGCUCGGCAGGCCUAUGAAAUCCAGAGCGACAACAUGUACAAGUCAGAUCUCCAGUGGAUGAGAGGCAUUGGCUGGGUCCCCAUCGGGUCUCUGGAUGUGGUUAAGUGCAAGAGAGCCGCAGAGAUCCUGAGUGACAACCUCUACCGCCAGCCUCCAGACAAGCAGAAAUUCACCAGCGUGACUGACUCCCUGGAGCAGGUGCUGGCAAAGAACAACGCCAUCACUAUGAACAAGCGUUUAUAUACAGAGGCCUGGGACAAAGACAAGACUCAAAUUCAUGUAAUGCCGGACACCCCGGAGAUCCUGUUGGCAAAGCAGAACCAACUCAACUACAGUGAGACUCUGUAUAAACUCGCCAAUGAAGAAGCAAAGAAGAAAGGCUACGACUUGCGAAGCGAUGCCAUCCCAAUUGUGGCAGCCAAGGCCUCCAGAGACAUCGUCAGCGAUUACAAAUACAAAGAUGGUUACCGCAAGCAGCUGGGCCACCACAUUGGAGCCCGGGACAUCAAGGACGACCCCAAGAUGAUGUGGUCCAUGCAUGUGGCCAAGAUCCAGAGCGACAGGGAGUACAAGAAGGACUUUGAGAAGUCGAAGACCAGGUUCAGCAGCCCCGUGGACAUGCUGGGGGUGGUGCUGGCCAAGAAGUGCCAGACCUUGGUCAGCGACGUGGACUACAAGAACUACCUGCACCAGUGGACGUGCCUGCCCGACCAGAACGACGUCAUCCACGCUCGGCAGGCCUAUGAAAUCCAGAGCGACAACAUGUACAAGUCAGAUCUCCAGUGGAUGAGAGGCAUUGGCUGGGUCCCCAUCGGGUCUCUGGAUGUGGUCAAGUGCAAGAGAGCUGCAGAGAUCCUGAGUGACAACCUCUACCGCCAGCCUCCAGACAAGCAGAAAUUCACCAGUGUGACUGACUCCCUGGAGCAGGUGCUGGCAAAGAACAAUGCCAUCACCAUGAACAAGCGCUUAUACACAGAAGCCUGGGACAAAGACAAGACCCAAAUCCAUAUCAUGCCUGAUACACCUGAAAUUAUGUUGGCAAGACAAAAUAAAAUAAAUUAUAGUGAGAGCCUCUAUCGCCAGGCCAUGGAAGAAGCCAAGAAAGAAGGCUAUGACUUGAGAAGUGACGCCAUUUCUAUUGUAGCUGCCAAGGCCUCCAGGGACAUCGCCAGUGAUUACAAAUACAAAGAAGCUUAUCGUAAGCAACUGGGUCACCACAUUGGUGCCCGAGCAAUCCAUGACGACCCCAAGAUGAUGUGGUCCCUACACAUUGCCAAAGUGCUGAGCAGCCGUGAGUACAAGAAAGAAUUUGAGAAGUACAAGACCAGAUACAGCAGCCCUGUGGACAUGCUGGGCAUCGUUUUGGCCAAGAAAUGUCAGACCUUGGUCAGUGAUGUGGACUAUAAACAUCUCCUUCAUGAGUGGACGUGCCUGCCCGACCAGAAUGACGUCAUCCACGCUCGGAAAGCUUAUGACCUCCAGAGCGAUAAUUUGUAUAAGGCAGACCUUGAAUGGAUGAAAGGCAUUGGCUGGGUUCCAAUUGGCUCCUUGGAAGUUGUUAAAGCCAAGAGGGCCACAGAGAUACUGAGUGAUAAUAUCUACCGUCAGCGUCCAGAUACCCUGAAAUUUACCAGCAUCACUGACACCCCGGAGCAGGUGCUGGCAAAGAGCAAUGCUAUAAACAUGAAUAAGCGCUUAUAUACUGAAGCCUGGGACAACGAUAAGAAAACAAUCCAUGUCAUGCCUGACACUCCAGAAAUCAUGCUAGCCAAGCUUAACAGAAUAAACUACAGUGAUAAACUCUAUAAACUUGCUUUGGAAGAGUCCAGGAAGGAAGGCUAUGACUUGCGUGUGGAUGCCAUUCCAAUCCAAGCAGCCAAGGCUUCAAGAGAUAUUGCCAGUGAGUACAAGUACAAAGAAGGCUAUCGUAAGCAGCUCGGCCACCACAUUGGAGCCCGGAACAUCAAAGAUGACCCCAAGAUGAUGUGGUCCAUGCAUGUGGCCAAGAUCCAGAGCGACAGGGAGUACAAGAAGGACUUUGAGAAGUCGAAGACCAGGUUCAGCAGCCCCGUGGACAUGCUGGGGGUGGUGCUGGCCAAGAAGUGCCAGAUCCUUGUAAGCGACAUAGACUACAAGCAUCCCCUGCAUGAGUGGACCUGUCUGCCCGACCAGAACGAUGUCAUUCAGGCUCGGAAGGCCUAUGACCUUCAGAGUGAUGCUAUUUACAAGGCUGAUCUUGAGUGGCUGCGAGGCAUUGGAUGGGUGCCCAUUGGCUCUGUAGAGGUCGAAAAGGUGAAGAGAGCUGGAGAAAUCCUGAGUGACAGGAAGUACCGCCUGCCAGCAGAUAAGCUCAAAUUCACAUGCAUUACAGAUACCCCAGAAAUUGUCCUGGCAAAGAGCAAUGCCCUGACAAUGAGCAAGCAUUUAUAUACAGAAGCUUGGGAUGCUGACAAAACUUCCAUCCAUGUGAUGCCAGACACCCCAGAAAUCUUGCUGGCCAAAAGCAAUUCUGUCAAUAUCAGCCAAAAACUUUACACCAAGGGCUGGGAUGAAUCAAAGAUGAAAGACUAUGACCUGAGAGCUGAUGCUAUUUCCAUCAAAAGCGCCAAGGCCUCCAGGGAUAUUGCCAGUGACUACAAAUACAAAGAAGCAUAUGAAAAACAGAAAGGCCACCACAUUGGAGCCCAGAGCAUUGAAGAUGACCCCAAAAUUAUGUGCGCCAUAAAUGCAGGGAAGAUUCAAAGUGAAAGAGAGUACAAGAAGGACUUUGAAAAAUUCAAGACCAAGUUCAGUUCCCCAGUGGAUAUGUUAGGAAUCUUGCUGGCCAAGAAAUGUCAGACCCUAGUCAGUGACAUUGACUACCGGAAUAUCCUGCAUCACUGGACAUGCUUACCUGAUCAAAACGACAUUAUCCAAGCCAAGAGGGCCUAUGAGCUGCAGAGUGAUAGUGUGUAUAAGGCAGACCUGGAGUGGCUGCGUGGCAUCGGCUGGAUGCCAGAAGGCUCGGUAGAAAUGACCAGGGUGAAAGGUGCUCAAGACCUGGUGAAUGAGAGACUCUAUCGGACACGUCCAGAUGCCUUGAAAUUCACUUGCAUUACUGACACUCCAGAAGUUGUCCUGGCAAAAGCCAAUUCUCUGCAAAUUAGUGAGAAACUGUAUCAAGAGGCCUGGAAUAAAGACAAAACCAACAUCAGCAUUCCUUCUGACACUCCAGUUAUGCUGCAGGCCCAACUCAAUGCCUUGCAAAUCAGCAAUAAACUCUACCAGAAAGACUGGAAUGAGGCCAAGCAGAAAGGCUAUGACAUAAGAGCAGAUGCCAUUGAGAUCAAGCAUGCCAAAGCCUCCAGGGAAAUUGCCAGUGAGUACAAAUACAAAGAAGGUUACCGUAAGCAACUGGGCCACCACGUGGGUUUCCGCAGCCUACAAGACGACCCCAAAUUGGUAUGGUCUAUCCAUGCUGCCAAGAUCCAGAGUGACCGCGAGUAUAGGAAAGCUUAUGAGAAGUCCAAAGGAAUUUACAAUACACCCUUGGACAUGAUGUCCAUUGUUCAAGCCAAGAAAUGCCAGGUCCUGGUCAGCGACGUGGAUUAUCGCAAUUAUUUGCACCAGUGGACAUGCCUGCCAGAUCAGAAUGAUGUGAUCCAGGCCAAGAAAGCCUACGAACUGCAGAGCGAUAAUGUGUACAAAUCAGACCUGGAAUGGUUGAAGGGUAUCGGAUGGUUGACAGAGGGUUCUGUGGACGUGGUGAGAGUGAAGAAUGCCCAAGAUCUCCUCAAUGAAAAGCUGUAUCGUACAAAGCCUGAGAGCCUCAAAUUCACCAGCAUUGUUGAUACACCUGAAGUCGUUCUGGCAAAGACAAAUGCUCUACAGAUCAGCGAGCCUUUAUAUCGUGAAGCCUGGGACAAAGAGAAGACUAAUGUGAAUGUGCCAGCCGACACUCCAGCGAUGCUGCAGUCCAAGAUCAACGCCCUGCAGAUCAGCAAUAAACACUACCAGCAAGCUUGGGAAGAUGUCAAGAUGACCGGCUAUGACCUGCGAGCAGAUGCCAUUGGGAUCCAGCAUGCCAAGGCUUCCAGGGAUAUCGCCAGCGAUUAUCUGUAUAAGAAUGCUUAUGAGAAACAGAAAGGCCACUACAUUGGAUGUGGCAAUGCCAAGGAAGACCCUAAAUUGGUUUGGGCAGCAAAUGUAUUAAAGAUGCAGAAUGACAGGCUGUACAAAAAGGCCUACAACGACCACAAGGCUAAGAUCUCCAUCCCGGGGGACAUGGUGUCCAUCAGCGCUGCCAAAGAAGGCCAGGCAUUAGCAAGCAAUGUGGACUAUCGCCAGUACCUACACCAGUGGUCUUGCUUUCCUGACCAGAACGAUGUGAUCCAUGCCAGGAACGCAUAUGACCUGCAGAGUGACGUUAUCUACAAGGCUGACUUGGAGUGGUUGCGUGGCAUUGGCUGGAUGCCGGAUGGGUCUCCCGAAGUACUGAGAGUCAAAAAUGCCCAGGAGAUCCUACGAGACAGUGUCUACAGGACACCAGUGGUGAAUCUCAAGUACACAAGCAUCGUCGACACACCGGAAGUUGUUCUUGCUAAGUCAAAUGCUGAAAAUAUUAGUAUUCCAAAGUACAGAGAAGUUUGGGACAAGGAUAAAACUUCGAUCCACAUAAUGCCAGAUACUCCAGAAAUUAAUCUCGCCAGAGCCAAUGCGCUCAAUGUGAGCAAUAAAAUUUACCGCGAGGGCUGGGACGAAAUGAAGAUGAGCUGCGACGUGCGGCUGGAUGCCAUCCCUAUCCAGUCUGCCAAGGCUUCCAGGGAGAUCGCCAGUGAUUAUAAAUACAAGCUUGACCACGAGAAGCAGAAGGGCCACUACGUGGGCACCCUCACCGCCAAGGACGACAACAGGAUCCGGUGGGCCCUCAUAGCUGGCAAGCUUCAGAAUGAACGGGAGUAUCGGCUGAGCUGGGCCAAAUGGAAGACUAAGUUCCAAAGCCCUGUGGAUAUGCUUUCCAUCUUGCAUUCUAAAAACUGCCAGACUCUGGUCAGCGACAUUGACUACCGCCAACGCCUGCACCAGUGGACAUGCCUGCCUGACCAGAACGAUGUGAUUCAGGCCAAAAAGGCCUAUGAACUGCAGAGCGACGCUAUUUACAAGGCCGACUUGGAAUGGCUGCGUGGGAUCGGGUGGAUGCCCAAUGACUCCGUUUCUGUCAAUCACGCCAAAUAUGCCGGGGAUAUCUUCAGUGAGAAUAAGUAUCGCACAAAAAUCGAAAGUCUGAACUUUACUCCUGUGGAUGACAGAGUGGAUUAUGUGACAGCGAAACAAAGUGGUGAAAUCCUAAAUGAUAUUAAAUACAGGAAAGAUUGGAAUGACACCAAAUCAAAGUACACCCUCACAGAAACCCCCCUGCUGCAUACUGCCCAGGAGGCAGCCCGGAUUCUGGACCAGUACCUCUACAAGGAAGGCUGGGAGAAACAGAAAGCCACGGGCUACAUUUUGCCUCCGGAUGCUGUCCCGUUUGUUCACGCCCAUCAUUCUAGUGAUGUUCAGAGCGAGCUGAAAUACAAAGCUGAGCAUGUAAAGCAAAAAGGUCAUUAUGUUGGUGUGCCGACCAUGAGGGAUGACCCUCACCUAGUCUGGUUUGAGCAUGCGGGCCAGAUUCAGAAUGAUCGACUGUACAAAGAGGACUAUCAUAAAACAAAGGCCAAGAUCAACAUACCUGCUGACACGGUGUCAGUGUUGGCUGCCAAGCAAGGGCAGACCCUCAUCAGUGAUAUCGAUUACCGUAAUUACCUGCACCAAUGGACAUGUCUUCCUGACCAAAACGAUGUGAUUCAGGCCAAGAAGGCCUAUGAACUACAGAGUGAUAAUGUCUACAAAGCCGACCUGGAAUGGCUCCGAGGCAUUGGCUGGAUCCCCCUGGAUUCAGUGGAGCAUGUGAGGGUUACUAAUAACCAAGAAAUGGUGAAUCAGGUGAAAUAUAAGAAGGCUGCUCUUGACAACUAUCCUAAUUUUACAAGUGUGGAAGAUACUCCAGAGAUUGUUUUGGCCAAGUUUAACUCAGUUAAUCAAAGUGAUAUAAAAUAUAAAGAAACAUUUAAUAAAUUAAUAAAGGGAAAGUAUAUAUUUUCUCCGGAGACACCAUAUAUCACCCACUCCAAAGACAUGGGAAAACUCUACAGUACCAUACUGUAUAAAGGGGCCUGGGAGGGAACCAAGGCCUACGGCUAUACCUUGGAUGAACGCUACAUCCCCAUUGUCGGAGCCAAGCACGCUGACUAUGUGAACAGUGAGCUUAAAUACAAAGAGACGUUUGAGAAGCAGAAGGGCCACUACCUGGCUGGAAAAGAAAUCAGUGAGUUCCCCAGUGUGGUUCACUGCCUGGAUUUCCAGAAGAUGAGGAGUGCGUUGAACUACAGAAAACAUUAUGAGGACACCAAAGCGAAUGUUCACAUCCCCAAUGAUAUGAUGAACCACGUGCUGGCCAAAAAGUGCCAGUACAUCCUCAGCGACCUCGAGUACCGCCACUACUUCCACCAGUGGACGUCUCUCCCAGAAGAACCCAGUGUUGUACUGGCCCGGAACGCACAGGAGAUCCUGAGUGAUAAUGUGUAUAAAGAUGACUUGAAUUGGCUGAAAGGCAUUGGAUGCUAUGUCUGGGAUACACCCCAGAUCCUCCAAGCCAAGAAGUCGUAUGACCUUCAGAGUCAGAUACAAUACUCAGCAGCAAGUAAAGACAAUCUGCAGAAUUAUAGCCUGGUCACAGACACACCCGUUUACGUGACUGCUGUUCAGAGUGGCAUCAAUGCCAGUGAGGUGAGAUAUAAAGAAAAUUAUCAUCAGACUAAGGACAAGUAUACGACAAUACUGGAAACAGUGGAUUAUGACAGAACCAAGAAUCUCAAGGAUCUUUAUAGCAAUAACCUGUACAAGGAGGCCUGGGAAAAGGUGAAAGCCACCAGCUACAUCCUGCCUUCCACCGCCAUGUCCCUGACACAUGCCAAGAACCAGAAGGACCUGUCCAGCAAUAUCAAAUACCGGGAAGAAUAUGAAAAGUUCAAAGCUCUUUAUACCUUACCAAGAAGUGUUGAUGAUGACCCAAAUACAGCACGAUGCCUCAGAGUUGGCAAAUAUAACAUUGAUCGCCUGUACAAGUCAGUUUAUGAAAAGAACAAGAUGAAAAUCAACAUUGUGCCCGACAUGGUAGAGUUGGUUACUGCUAAGGAUACUCAGAAGAAAGUCAGUGAAAUUGAUUACCGCCUACACCUCCAUGAGUGGAUUUGCCAUCCCGACCUGCAAGUCAACAGUCAUGUCAGGAAAGUCACAGAUCAGAUCAGCGAUAUUGUGUACAAGGAUGACCUCAACUGGUUGAAAGGCAUCGGUUGCUAUGUCUGGGACACUCCUGAAAUUCUCCACGCCAAGCACGCUUAUGAUCUGCGCAAUGAUAUCAAGUACCAAGCUCACGUGAAGAAGACAAGGAAUGACUACAACUUGGUCAUGGAUACGCCAGUCUACGUCCAGGCUGUCCAAAGCAGGAAACAAAUAAGUGACGCUGUCUACCACUACGACUACGUGCACAGUGUCCGAGGCAAAGUGGCUCCAACUACAAAAACCGUGGAUCUGGACCGGGCUCUUCAUGCAUACAAGCUCCAGAGUGAGAAUCUGUACCGAGAUGCGGGCAAGCGCUCCCUGGCUACUGGAUACAGGCUUCCGGUCGACACUCCGCACUUCAAACACUCCAAGGACACCCAGUACAUGAGCAGUUAUUUCAAGUACAAGGAAGUUUAUGAACACCUCAAGGCAAAUGGGUAUACACUUGGCCCCAAUGAUGUUCCAUUUGUCAAUGUCCGGAGGGUCAACAAUGUUACCAGCGAGAGGCUGUAUCGACAACUGUACCACAAACUCAAAGAUAAGAUCCACACAACCCCCGACACACCUGAGCUUCGCCAGGUCAAGAAGACACAGGAGGCUGUCAGUGAGCUGAUCUACAAAUCAGACUUCUUCAAGAUGCAGGGUCACAUGAUCUCACUGCCAUACACACCCCAAGUGCUCCAUUGCCGCUAUGUUGGAGACAUCACCAGUGACAUUAAAUACAAAGAGGACUUGCAGGUCCUGAAGGGAAUUGGCUGCUUCCUGAUGGACACUCCUGACAUGGUCCGCUCCCGGCACCUGCGGAAGCUCUGGUCUAAUUACCUGUACACUGAUAAUGCAAGGAAGAUGCGAGACAAAUACAAAGUGGUGCUUGACACUCCAGAAUACAGAACAGUGCAAGAACUGAAGACACAUCUGAGUGAGCUGGUGUACAGAGCUAAAGGCAAGAAGCAGAAAUCAAUCUUCACUUCGAUUCCUGAUACACCUGAUCUUCUAAGAGCCAAGCAAGGGCAGAAGCUUCAGAGUCAGUAUCUAUAUGUUGAACUUGCCACCAAAGAGAGACCCCAUCACCACGCUGGAAACCAGACCACAGCUUUGAAGCAUGCCAAAGACGUGAAGGACCUGGUCAGCGAGAACAAGUACAAGACUCAGUAUGAAAAGAUGAAGGACAAGUACACCCCAAUUCCAGACACACCAGUCCUCAUCAGAGCCAAGAAGGCUUACUGGAACGCCAGUGAUCUACGCUACAAAGAAACAUUUGAAAAGACCAAAGGGAAAUACCACACCGUGAAGGAUGCUCUGGACAUUGUGUACCAUCGCAGAGUCACAGAUGACAUCAGUAAAGUGAAAUACAAGGAGAACUACAUGAGCCAGCUGGGAAUCUGGAGGUCCAUUCCUGAUAGCCCAGAGCAGUUCCAUCACCGGGCAGUUGCUGAUGCAGUCAGUGAUGUAAAAUACAAAGAAGAUCUGACCUGGCUUAAAGGAAUUGGUUGCUAUGCCUAUGAUACCCCCGACUUCACUCUGGCUGGACAGAACAAGACUCUCUACAGCAAGUACAAGUAUAAGGAGAUAUUUGAAAGGACAAAGUCACAUUUCAAGUAUGAAAACGAUUGUCCAAUCAAUAGGCAUUUCAAGUACGCAACUCAGUUGGCGAAUGAGAAAAAAUACAGAGCUGAUUAUGAGCAGCGGAAAGAUAAAUACCACCUGGUAGUCGAUGAGCCUAGACAUCUGCUGGCUAAGAUCGCAGGCGACCAGAUCAGUCAGAUCAAGUACAGGAAAAAGUAUGAAAAAACUAAGGACAAAUUUACCUCAAUUGUGGAUACUCCGGAACACCUGCGUACUACAAAAGUCAACAAACAAAUCAGUGAUAUACUUUACAAAUUGGAAUACAACAAGGCCAAGCCCAGAGGCUACACCACAAUCCACGACACGCCCAUGCUGCUGCACGUCCGGAAGGUCAAAGAUGAAGUCAGUGAUCUGAAAUACAAAGAAGUUUACCAAAGAAACAAGUCCAACUGCACCAUUAAGCCAGAUGCUGUUCACAUCAAAGCAGCCAAGGAUGCCUACAAAGUCAACACCAACCUGGACUACAAGAAGCUGUAUGAAGCCAACAAAGCCCACUGGAGGUGGAUCCCUGACCGACCCGACUUCCUCCAGGCCGCCAAGUCCUCCCUGCAGCAAAGCGAUUUUGAAUACAAGCUGGACCGAGAGUUCCUCAAGGGUUGUAAGCUGUCCGUCACCGAUGACAAAGACAUGGUGCUGGCCCUGAGGAAUUCCUUAAUAGAGAGCGACCUGAAAUACAAAGAGAAACACGUCAAGGAAAGAGGAAGCUGCCACGCCGUGCCCGACACACCUCAGAUCCUCCUGGCAAAGGCUGUCAGCAACCUGGUGUCCGAGAACAAGUAUAAGGACUACGUGAAGAAGCACUUGGCCCAGGGCUCAUACACGACGCUGCCAGAGACCCCGAACACUAUUCGCGUCAAGGAAGUGACCAAGCAUGUCAGCGACACAAAUUACAAAAAGAAGUUUGUCAAGGAGAAAGGGAAAUCCAACUACUCCAUCAUGCUGGAGCCCCCAGACGUGAAACAUGCCAUGGAAGUGGCCAAGAAGCAGAGUGACGUUGCUUACAGAAAAGAUGCCAAAGAAAACUUGCACUACACCACAGUGGCUGAUCGGCCUGACAUCAAGAAGGCCACACAGGCAGCCAAGCAGGCCAGCGAGGUGGAGUACAGAGCCAAGCACCGGAAGGAGGGCAGCCAUGGGUUAAGCAUGCUUGGUCGCCCAGACAUUGAAAUGGCCAAAAAGGCAGCCAAGCUGAGCAGCCAGGCAGACUACCUCAAAGGCCAAAGGAGAGGACACGGGCACGGCGCUGCAUCUUAUGACACCCCUAUGAUGAGGCAUCUUAAGAAAGUUAAUGCACUCAUGAGUGAUGUUAAAUACCGCGAAAAUUUUGACAAAGAGAAGGGCAAGACACCAAAAUACAACCCAAAAGACAGCCAGCUCUACAAAGUCAUGAAAGAUGCUAACAAUCUCGCAAGUGAGGUUAAAUACAAGGCCGAUCUCAAGAAACUUCACAAACCUGUGACUGACAUGAAGGAAUCUCUGAUAAUGAACCAUGUGUUGAAUACCAGCCAACUCGCCAGUUCUUACCAGUACAAGAAGAAGUAUGAGAAGAGCAAGGGCCACUACCACACCAUCCCCGACAACCUGGAGCAGCUGCACCUCAAGGAGGCCACGGAACUGCAGAGCAUUGUAAAAUACAAAGAAAAGUAUGAAAAGGAACGAGGAAAGCCCAUGUUGGACUUUGAAACACCAACGUACAUCACCGCCAAGGAGUCUCAGCAGAUGCAGAGCGGGAAAGAAUAUAGGAAAGAAUAUGAUGAGUCCAUUAAAGGCAGAAACCUGACUGGCCUGGAGGUCACGCCAGCUUCAUUACAUGCCAAAUAUGCAACCAAAAUAAUCAGUGAGAAAGAGUACAGGAGAGAUCUAGAGGAAAGCAUCCGUGGGAAGGGUCUUCAUGAAAUGGAAGAUACUCCCGACAUGCUAAGAGCAAAGAACGCCACUCAGAUCCUCAAUGAGAAAGAAUAUAAGAGAGACCUGGAGCUGGGAGUCAAAGGAAAAGGCCUGAACGCCAUGGCCAAUGAAACUCCUGACUUCAUGAGGGCCAAGAACGCUACUGAUAUUGCCAGUCAGAUUAAGUAUAAGCAUUCAGCAGAAAUGGAAAAAGCCAAUUUCACUUCUGUGGUUGAUACACCUGAGAUCAUUCAUGCCCAACAAGUCAAAAACCUUUCCAGCCAGAAAAAGUACAAGGAAGAUGCAGAGAAGAGCAUGUCCUCUUAUGAAACGGUUUUGGACACCCCGGAGAUGCAGAGAGUUCGGGAGAACCAAAAGAACUUCAGCCUUCUCCAAUACCAGUGUGACCUUAAAAACAGCAAGGGAAAAAUUACAGUUGUUCAAGACACCCCAGAAAUACUGCGUGUGAAAGAAAAUCAAAAGAAUUUCAGCUCGGUUUUAUACAAAGAGGACCUCUUGCCAGGAACAGCGAUUGGAAAGACACCCGAGAUGAUGAGAGUGAAGCAAACACAGGACCACAUUAGCUCGGUGAAGUAUAAGGAAGCAAUUGGACAAGGAACCCCGAUCCCUGACCUGCCGGAAGUGAAACGUGUCAAGGAGACGCAGAAGCACAUUAGCUCGGUUAUGUACAAAGAAAACUUGGGAACAGGCAUUCCAACCUCUGUCACUCCAGAGAUUGAGAGAGUCAAACGCAAUCAAGAGAACUUUAGCUCGGUUUUGUACAAAGAAAAUUUGGGGACAGGAACCCCAACACCUAUCACUCCAGAGAUGGAGAGAGUCAAACGCAAUCAAGAGAACGUUAGCUCGAUUUUGUACAAAGAGAAUUUGAACAAGGGGACCCCCAUACCUGUCACUCCUGAGAUGGAGAGAGUCAAACGCAAUCAAGAAAACUUUAGCUCGGUGUUGUAUAAAGAGAACCUCGGGAAGGGGAUCCCGAUUCCCAUCACUCCAGAGAUGGAGAGAGUCAAACACAAUCAAGAAAACUUUAGUUCGGUGCUAUACAAAGAAAACGUGGGAACAGGAAUUCCCGUCUCCAUCACUCCUGAGAUGCAGAGAGUCAAACAAAAUCAAGAAAACAUUAGCUCGGUGUUAUACAAGGAAAGCAUGGGCAAGGGAACCCCUUUGCCUGUCACUCCAGAGAUGGAGAGAGUCAAACACAAUCAAGAAAAUAUUAGCACGGUUUUGUACAAAGAAAAUAUGGGGAAAGCCACCCCAACCCCUGUCACUCCAGAGAUGCAGAGAGUCAAACGCAAUCAAGAGAACAUUAGCUCGGUGCUAUACAAAGACAACCUGGGGAAAGCGACCCCCACACCUUUCACUCCUGAGAUGGAAAGAGUCAAACGCAAUCAAGAAAACUUUAGCUCGGUAUUGUACAAAGAAAACAUGAGAAAAGCAACUCCGACACCUGUCACUCCAGAGAUGGAGAGAGCUAAGCGCAACCAAGAAAACAUUAGCUCGGUUCUUUAUUCGGAUAGCUUCCGGAAACAAAUACAAGGCAAAGCUGCCUAUGUCUUGGACACCCCAGAGAUGAGACGGGUGAGAGAGACCCAACGCCACAUCUCAACCGUGAAAUACCAUGAAGACUUCGAGAAGCACAAGGGCUGCUUCACGCCGGUGGUGACAGACCCUAUCACUGAACGAGUGAAGAAGAACACGCAGGACUUCAGCGACAUUAACUACAGAGGGAUUCAGAGGAAAGUGGUGCAAAUGGAACAGAAACGGAAUGACCAGGAUCAGGAGACUAUCACAGGUUUACGUGUCUGGCGAACUAAUCCUGGCUCAGUUUUUGACUAUGACCCAGCAGAAGACAACAUUCAGUCCCGAAGCUUACACAUGAUUAAUGCCCAAGCUCAGCGCCGGAGCCGGGAACAGUCGCGAUCAGCCAGUGCUCUGAGCAUCAGUGGCGGCGAGGAGAAGUCUGAGCACUCAGAGGGUGCCCACCUGUCCACCUACAGCAACGGCGGCAUCUUCUUCUCCGCAACCUCAACAGCUUACAAACACGCAAAAACCACAGAGCUCCCACAACAGCGAUCAUCUUCAGUUGCCACCCAACAGACAACGGUAUCCUCUAUCCCAUCUCACCCAUCUACAGCUGGAAAAAUCUUCCGCGCCAUGUACGACUACAUGGCUGCUGAUGCUGAUGAGGUGUCCUUCAAGGAUGGAGAUGCUAUAGUGAAUGUUCAAGCCAUCGAUGAAGGUUGGAUGUAUGGCACUGUGCAGAGGACCGGCAGGACCGGCAUGCUCCCAGCCAACUACGUUGAAGCUAUUUAGGCAUUUCAAAGCAUCAUGCCUGCCUACAGGAUCUAAACUCCUGCAGUCAGGAUUUCAGUUUAGAUUCUCCACUAUUACCAAGUUCUCAAGCUGCCUAAUGAUUUUUUGUGUCCAUAUGAUUUUCUGUUGUACCAUCUUACAAUUUGUUCAUAUAUGUACCUAAACAAUUCUCCAGUAAAAAGGUUAGCACGACUAAUCUGUCCAGUUAUUAAACUGUUUUACUUCAUUAUCUUCUAGACUUUCAUAUAAGACAAAGGACAACAUUAAAUCCAUAUGUUCAUUAUUUUUUUAAAUUGCCACUAUCAAACUUUCUUUUGGGUUUUAAAAUCAAGUUUAAUUUCAGAACAGACAUUUUAAAAGUGUCUGCAAUGUUAUAUUAUUGCUGUAUCAACCCAUUUCUGCAUUACAAAAUGUUCAACAUUAUUUCUUUUCUAAAACAACGUGAACAUGUACACGUUAAAGGGGAAAUGGCAGAGAUGUUCACCUUUUCCAUGCUUACUGAAUGCUGAUGCUUUUAUUUAUAAUCCAAUUCUGAAGUUAUAAGCUGAUAGUCAAUAUAAACUGGUAUAAGCUAGUAACUAAUAAAAUAUAUCAUUCUGCAAUAAA